CAAAGUCAUGUAGUCUUGUCAGAGACGCAGAGAGAGAAUGUUUGGACCUGCGAUCUUCGGCUUCCUCGUCACUCAGUGGUCCUGUGCCUGCUCCCCAUCACACAGGGGUUCUCAGUCACUGCACAGCUGCCAGAUGUUCAGUUCUCAAAAGUUGUCCUGCAGGAAUCUCAGUCUCUCAGCUGUCCCUAUGGAGCUGAACCCAAGGCUGAGCUGGCUGGAUCUAUCACACAACCUCAUUGGAGAAUUUGGUGUGGUGAACUUAGGGUCACUUGAAACCCUGGACAUCAGUCAUAACCAGCUGCAUGUAAUAGAGCAGGGGGCUUUCAGCAAACUGACAAAGCUCCACACCCUAACUCUUGACAGAAACUUUCUGUAUCGUAAUCUAAUCAACAACAGCCAAGCCUUCCAGCACCUCUACAGACUGAAGACUUUGGACAUGUCCUUCAACAGCCUGGAUGACACCAUUGUGGAGCAUUACUUGAGCAACACAUCUUCUCUAGAACAUCUGACUCUUGAAGGCAAUAUUCUGACAAGGCUGUCACCUGAUCUUUUCACAGCAAGUAGGAACUUGAGAAGUAUUAAUGUGGAAAAUAACCUCAUAUCUGAAAUUGAGAAGGAAACAUUUGAAUCUUUGAAGGGGCUCACAAGGUUGAAUUUGGCCAGAAACAACUUGGUCUCCAUUUGUGACUUUAAUCUUCAUCAUCUGAAGCAACUGAACCUUAGCAGGAACUUCAUAGAGUUCUUCAUCACUUCAGAGACUAAAAAUAAAUAUGAACUUGAAAUGCUGGAUCUUAGCCACAACAAACUAAUAUUCUUCCCCAUUGUCCCCAAAAGAAACCAUUUAAAAUAUCUCAAUUUACAAAAUAACAGAAUAGGUGAUUUGGAAAGUAAGAUGUCAUUUUUAGAUGCAAAAAUUCUAUACAGAGAGAAAAACUCUAAUGUUUUUGAGACCAAAGGUAAUGAUGAUAUGUAUUUUAAUUUAAAUCAAAUGCCGUUGAUUGACUUAGACUUGAGUAACAAUCGAUUCACAUCAUUCCCUCUCAAGACAUUUAAGUAUUUUCUGUCUCUGAAGUCUCUGAACCUCAGUGGCAAUUGCCUGAUGAACAUCAGUGGCACUGUAUCAAAAAUGGAACAAUUGGAGGGACAGGUACAGCAACAAACUUUUCCAUCUCUGCGGUACUUGGACUUGCGGGACAAUCAGAUUCAGCAUCUGUCCCCACAAUUUUUUGAGGCCCUACCAAACAUGGAGAAACUGGUGCUGAGGAAGAACUUUGUGAGGCUUUGUUCUCCCAGUCAUGAGCCAGAUGCUUCUCAGUCUAUUAGAGAUGAUAAUCCCAUUGGAGCACAGUGUACUUCCUUUAGGGACCGCAGAAAUCUGAAACAUCUUGAUCUGCAGGACAAUGGAAUUGAAGUGCUCUUUGCUCGCACAUUUGAACACACACCUCUGGCCUUGCUGGACCUAAGUCAUAAUGAGAACAUGACCAUUGCUAGGGAGGCUCUAGAUGGCCUGCAGAGCAGUUUAAGGUCCCUGAGUUUUGGAAGCAACAGAAUGACCAGUUCUGCAUUCUCUCUUCCAUGUUUCAACAUGCUUCAGAAUUUGGAUGUGGCAGAAAACUCUUUGGGCAUCCUUCCAGACACUUUUGCAUGUUCCCCUUUGAGAGAACUCGAUUUGAAAAACAACAACCUCACCCAUUUAGACGAGACAGUCAUUAAAAAAUUGUUGUUGCACUUAAACACUAUACACAUUAGUGGGAACGCUUUCAACUGUUGCACAGCAGGUUGGCUCAAGAUCUUGAUGGCAGCGAACGUGAAGAUCCCUGACCUUCACAAGGCGACAUGUUUCACUGGACUGAAUGAAAGCAUCUUCGAAGAACCGCUCACCAACCAGUCAAAUCAGUGCCCUUUUCAAGUCAAUACGGAGGUGGGUGGGACAGACCUCAUAAACCUCACGCUUGUCAUUGUCAUUUCCUUGACUUUCAUGGUAAUUGCCCUGGUGUUUCUUAAAAGGAUUUUCCUGAAAAAAAGCUCCUUGCUCACUUUUAGAAGCAAUAAAGUGGCAUCCUGUCAGUACUGUUACAAUGACCAGGCUUCAGCCUCAGUGGCUAAAAUCAGCACAUUUGAAACAGUGAAGUGACAUUUCAGUUAUUAUGUAGCACAUAGUUAUUCUUUAUUAUUGUUUUUAUACAGUUAUGUCUUUGCCAUCUCAAUAUUCUGUACCUUGUGUAAUUAUUUAUGAAGUCACAUCUCACUUCAAGGAUAUUUAUUUGUAUUUAUUGUUUUCUAGAAAUACAGAGGAAAUACUAAAAAUGAACUCAAGAGAUGCUAUACACUGAAUGAAUCAGUUAUUAGGAAACUUCUUUAUUGCGUUGUUCCAUUCCUGGUUUUUUUGUUCACCAUUAUUGUUAUAUUUUAUAAGCUGAACACAAAAGAAACAUGACCGCUGGGGUUGUAUUCUCCUAUGUAAAUGUAAUGUGAAACCUGUUUAGGUGUAGUAUGUGGCUGUACAUAUGUUUGUAAUGUGCACUGAGCAUGAUGAAUUUUUGCAUCUAGAGUAUGGUAAUAUGCAAUAA